CCCGUGGACUCUGGGAGUGGGGAUGCGUGACCCCGAGCCCGACCUGCCUUCCCCUUGCCCUGGGACCCCCGGAACGCGCUGUCCUCCUCCAAGGACUGAAAAUAGGCCUCGGGCAGGAAGCCCUGUCGCCCGAGUGCCGGAUGGAGCGCGCCUCCGCCGCGGGCAGCUCUGCCAGGCGCUCCCCUCGGUGCUUGGGAGCGCUCCUGUCCAAGGCCCAGGCUUGAGAGCUUCCCGGGUUUGAAUCCGGCCGCCCCUCGUGAGGCUCAGAGGUUGCCGAUGGGUAAAGGCCAAGCUUGCAGGGUGCUGGAGGGUGAGAAGCAGCGGGAACAGAGGUUCCGGGCGAGCGGAUGCUCACCCUGCAACAGUCACCGGGUCGUGGGUCAUUGAUACCGAGUAAAUGUACCUGCGGAAUGCGCAUUUGCAAAUGCAUUCUCGUUUGUUACAGCUUUAACAAGCAUGACAGCAUCCCUGUGAAGACCUGGUUCUCCACAGAGACAGUUCUACCUUGGAAGCUCCUCACCUCAAAGGACCUGCAAAGCCAGACGAUGCCCAUUGACCUGGGGCAGGCCCUGGGCCUGCUGCCAUCCUUGACAAAGGCUGAGAACUCCCCAUUCUCUGGACCAGAUGCUGCCCCUGAAGCUGAGCUCUCCAGCCCUGAGGCCGCACGCCAGCUCUUCAGGCAGUUUCGUUACCAGGUGAUGUCUGGGCCCCACGAGACCCUGAGACAGCUUCGGAAGCUCUGUUUCCAAUGGCUGCAACCGGAGGUUCACACCAAGGAGCAGAUCCUAGAGAUCCUCAUGUUGGAGCAGUUUCUGACCAUCCUGCCUGGGGAGAUCCAGAUGUGGGUGCGGAAGCAGUGUCCAGGCAGCGGAGAGGAGGCGGUGACGCUUGUGGAGAGCUUGAAGGGCGACCCCCAGAGACUUUGGCAGUGGAUCAGCAUUCAAGUUCUGGGGCAGGAAAUCUUAUCAGAGAAGAUGGAAUCUCCAAGCUGCCAAGCGGGGGACGUGGAGCCCCAUCUGGAAGUGGGGCGUCAGGAGUUGGGCCUGCAGACGUCACCCUCAGGGCCUGGGGAGCUGCUGGGCCACGUCGUGAAGGAGGAAGCUGACGCGGAGCCAGCAUUAGCUCUGGCUGCUUCCCACCUUCCUGCUCUCCCUGAGGAGAGGCCCAUCAGAGACCAGGAUUUCGGAGCCUCACUUCUCCCAACAGCACCUCAGGAGCAGUGGAGACAUUUGGAUUCCACUCAAAAGGAGCAAUACUGGGACCUCAUGCUGGAGACCUAUGGGAAGAUGGUCUCAGGAGCAGGCACUUCCAGUUCCAAACCUGACCUGACUAAUUCAGCAGAGUACGGGGAAGAGCUAGCCGGACUGCACCUUCAUGUUAAUGAGAAGAUCCCGAGACCUGCCUGCGUGGGUAGACAAGAGAAUGACAAAGAGAACCUGAACCUGGAAAACCACAGGGACCAGGAGCCUCUGGCAGGCUCCUGCCAAGCCCCAGGAGAGGCUGCUCCUCAGGCUUCUCUGAGAGGCGUGUUCGGCGACGAUGAGCCGGGACAUUUCGGACAAAGAGAGACUCUCCCUGAGGCCCUGGAAUGCCUGCAGGCUGAGGCGGCGGGAGGACAGCUCUCUUCUCAGGAAAGGAAUUCUGGGAAACAGCUAGGCCAGCACUUGCCCCAUCCUCCUCCCGAACUGUCCGCCAUGUGGCUUGAGGAGAAGAGAGAGGCCUUUCCGAAAGCACAGCCAAGAGCUCCCAUGGCCCAGAAACUCCCCACCUGCAGGGAGUGUGGGAAAACCUUCUACAGGAAUUCUCAGCUGGUGUUUCACCAAAGGACUCACACCGGAGAGACAUACUUUCAGUGCCCCAUCUGCAAAAAGGCCUUUCUGCGGAGUUCCGACUUUGUGAAACAUCAGAGGACCCACACGGGGGAGAAGCCCUGUAAAUGCGAUUACUGCGGGAAAGGCUUUAGUGACUUCUCAGGGCUGCGCCACCAUGAAAAAAUCCACACGGGAGAGAAACCCUAUAAAUGUCCCAUCUGCGAGAAAAGUUUUAUUCAGAGAUCAAACUUUAAUAGACAUCAGAGGGUUCACACAGGAGAGAAACCUUAUAAAUGUUCCCACUGCGGGAAAAGUUUCAGCUGGAGCUCAAGCCUGGACAAACAUCAAAGGUCCCACUUAGGAAAGAAGCCCUUGCAGUAGCUGAACUCUCCAAGCCAUUUCUGGGUCUGUUCCAUCGGGAAGAACUGCAUCUCGGAGAGGGUGCUUCUCCUGUUCUCUCCUCCUGCAUUGGAGGAGAGCGAGCCCAAAUACGGUUUUGGACUUGGGAGCGGUACUGGCCUCUGGAUUGGAUUUCAUGAUGCUUCUGUAUCAGGAUGAAGAACAGUCUUCAUGUUUCAUCUGAUCUCUUCCUUUGUCCCUCUUGGAAACUACGUCUUAAUUGGAGAUGAGUUUUAGAAGCGCUAUCUGGGAAUAGUUUAGAGUAGCUGCAGUCAGGGCUUAUGGGAAGAGCCUGCGAUCCGCCCUAGAAUUGGGGCUCUAGAGCAGGUCUCCUGUUACAGAGUGGGAAGCACAGGGGGUCAGUGAGCUCAUGUGUGUUCUUCGUCAUACGGGUGAAAAUUAACUUCCAAGUGUCCCUUGUUUGAAAUAAACUGACUGGAAUCAUUCCCUAUCUUA